GGAGGGAAGGUAGAAUAAAACAGAGAAAUGAAACCGGAACCUGAAAUGCAAGAAAGGGAAGCGGCUUCACCAAGGGGGGUUUUAGAGAUUCCUGUUGCAGGUACAGAUUCCGAUAAUAGUAGCAGCUGUUGCAACUCGACGGAGAAAUUGACGCCUGAGAGAUCAACGCCGGUAGUAAACCGUGAGGGCGGUUACGCUUCGCAUUGGAAGAGCAUGAUUGACGCCAUUAAAAAGAAGAGGCUCUUCGUCAUUCCUCUUCUGACAAACUAUGAUCUUACAGGCAAGAAUCUGUGGAAGAAAUUGGCUCGGAUUCAAAACUUAAGUACUGAGGAUAGUCCUGAUGUUGAAGGUCUAUCAGUCUCUAAACCUUCUUGGAGGAAAUUUGAAUAUGAAGAACUUGCUGCUGCAACUGAUAAUUUCUGUCCUGAAAACUUAAUUGGGAAAGGGGGACAUGCAGAAGUGUACAAAGGGUGCUUAUCCGAUGGUCGAUUUGUAGCAGUAAAGAAGCUAAUAAGAGAGGAGAAAGAAGAAGAGGAUAGAGUGAGCGAUUUCUUGUCGGAGCUUGGGAUUAUUGCACAUAUAAAGCACGAAAAUGCAGCUCGAUUGAUUGGUUUCAGCACCGAGAAUGGUUUACACCUUGUUCUUCAAUAUCUACCAAAGGGCAGCUUGGCUUCACUGCUUUUUGGAUGUUCUGCACAGUGUAUAGAAUGGAAGAUAAGGUAUAAGAUAGCUUUAGGGGUAGCAGAUGGACUGAAGUAUCUCCAUCACGACUGUCAUAGGCGUAUCAUUCACAGAGACAUCAAAGCCUCUAAUAUUUUACUCACUGAUGACUUUGAUGCGCAAAUUUCUGAUUUUGGACUGGCUAAAUGGCUUCCAGAAAAUUGGCCUCACCAUGUUGUCUUUCCAAUUGAGGGAACAUUCGGUUAUUUGGCUCCAGAGUAUUUUAUGCAUGGAGUUGUUGAUGAAAAAACUGAUGUAUUCGCAUUCGGGGUCUUAUUACUAGAGUUGAUAACUGGUCGUCGUGCAGUUGAUUCAUGUCGACAGAGCCUUGUGAUAUGGGCAAAACCACUUCUAGACACAAAUAAUGUAAAAGAAUUAGUAGAUCCGCGGCUGAGAGAAGAAUAUGAUCCUACAGAAAUGAAACGAGCAAUGUUGGCAGCUUCAAUGUGCAUUCACCAUAUGUCGAUAAAUCGUCCACACAUGAAUCGGGUAGCAUUGAUGUUGAGAGGUGAGGAUAAACCACAACCACAAGAGUUGAAGCCAAAGCCAAGUGCAAGAAGAACAGUCGUUUUUGACGGUUGUGAUUUGCAGGAUUACACUUGUGCUAGCUAUGUCAAUGAGAUCAAUCGUCAUAUGCAGCUUGUAAUGGAAUGAUUAUAUAAUUUUAUGUAUAUGUGUUAUUGCU